AUUUCUUGCCUUUCACUUCAUCAGUCGACGAUAGAGAGAAGCUCCUUGCACUUUCACGCCGGUCUACCACCUCCAAUCCGCCACCGCACUCCAAACCCACACCACACCCACGCCGACGCCACUGUAGGUAAAGUUUACCUGUAGUUGCUAUUUUUGAUUACAUCCGAUGUUUCUCGCCCACUGGAAGCAUGUUCCAUUUUGGAUAUUAAGAGCUAAAAAAGCUUCAGUUCCAUUUUAAUUUCUUCCUCAUCAUAGAGAAAGGGAAGCAGCCUAAACUCCUGAAACGACAAGUCCCCAAGACCUAAACCCUAAAACCCUAAUUUGCACCCCAGUCUCUCUCUCUCAACGCCGGCCCCCAACGCAGAUGAAGAAGAAAAGGGUCAAGUCUGGUGGUGAAUCGACCACUGUUGUUGAUUCGAAGUCUUUAAUUCAUCAGCAUUCGCUCUUCUUUGACAAGUUAGUUGAGCUUAUACCUGCUAAGUUCUAUCUAUCUAUUGAUGACAAGGAUAAACCCUGGUAUCAGGGUCUUAGCAAGGCCCAAAAGGCUUCGGCCAAGAAGGAAGCUAGGGAGAACAUUAAGAAAGCUAGAAGGAAUCGGUUAGAUCCCGAUAAGUCUUCUGCAACAACCCUUGAUUUGCUGAAGGAGAGCUUGGAGAAGGAGAAAAAGGAGGUUGAGAUUGAUGCGGAAGAUGAAACUGAGACUAAGCCUGUUUUGUCUGGUUUGGAUGAUGACAAUAGGUCGGUCACAUAUGAAGAGCUGCGGCAACGGUUGCGUCGCAGAAUUGAAGAGUUUCAGUCUAGUCGGAACACUGCAGGCUCGGAGCCUAGAAUAACCAAGAGGUAUGAGAGGAAUGAGAGGAGAAGCAUCGAGUAUAAGAAGCGUAAAAGGGAAAAUGAGUUCGGAGACAAAGCAGCUAAAACUGGUAUUUCGGAGAAGAAAGUAGAGAAAGAUGUUGAAGAAGCCUCAAAGGUGCUUUCAUUUGGUCAUGUCAAGCUCAGUAAUGACGAUGAGCACGAGAAGAAGAAGAGGAGGCUUUCGAAAGCAAAGGAACUGGAGAGAGCCAAGAAGUUGGAGGAAGCGAAGAAUGAUCCAGAGAAAGGAGAGAUUAUCUCAAAGAAGCAUUCUUGGGAUGCAGCCACGAGUAGGGCCGCUGGGAAAAAGGUUCACGACGAUCCCAAGCUGUUGAAACAGAGCUUACACAAGGAGAAGAAGAGGCAACAGAAGAAUGCUUUGAAGUGGAAGGAAAGGGUUCAAACUACGGAGAAAUUGAAAUCAGAAAGACAGGAGAAGAGGUCACAGAACAUAGAGCAGAAGAAACAAGAUAAGAAGACGCGGCGAAUGGCAAAGAGGGAGAAGAAGCUCAUGCGACCGGGAUUUGAAGGUCGGAAGGAAGGUUUUAUCAACGAAAAAUCAGCCUAAAGAUUUGAUUGGCGUGCUAUGACCAUUAUGUCAUGAAAGCUUGAGUUUCACACGAAUUGGUAAAAACAGAACAUGAAGGCCUUGUGCCUUUAUCAAUAUAUGUUUUUUCACAAAUUGGUUGGUC